AAACAUGCAGAGGACACAACAUGAUCAUGUUGAAUUGAAGAAAACAACAUUCUUUUCUUUUCAUUUUCAUUUUCAAAUUAAAAAUAAUGAUUAAUCGAAUUUUAUUGAUGAAAAUUAUGAAUAGAAAUCUUCGAAAUUUACAACAAACAAAAUCAAAUAUACUUCCUUUAUAUUAUAGUCUGGCUAUUAAUCCUAACAAUCCGGUAAAUAAAUUAUCAACCGAAACAACAUGUAGUGUAGAACAACGACAACAACAACAACAACCGCAUCAAUCAUCAUCAAAAGAAGCAAAAUCUAUUGAAGAAAAUCCUUAUUAUUCAAAAUAUGCGGAAAAAAUUAAAAAAGCUCAAUUGCAAUCAUCAUCAUCAUCAGUAAAGAACGAAGCUGAUAAAAUCAAGCCCGAAUUGAAACAAUCUACAAUUGUUGAAGAUGAAAAAUUAAAAUCCGAAAUCAAAACAAUUAAAGAAUCUGUAUCGAAAACUGCCAAUCUGAAUAAAUCAAAAAAUAAAUUGGAUGAUAUUGUUAAACUUGAUCUUUUAAUGGACAAAACAAAAGAAGAAAUUAUUCAAAUAUGGAAUCUAUAUCAUAGUAAACGUGAUUGUCUUUUUGCCGUCAUUGAAUCAUCAUUAUAUGAAACAUUUCAUAAAAAUUUAACCGAAUAUCCUACAUUUAUAUUGCCAUUACCAAGAAAUUCCGAUGAUACAUCAACAUCAUCUUAUGAAUUUUUUUUGAUGCAAUUUCAAGAACAUUGUUGUCAUUUUACACCAUUAGCUGCUUAUCAUCUUCACAAAGAGAUGGCGCCUAUUUGUCUUUCAAUUUAUUAUUAUCCUGAAUUAAGUGAAUCAAAAAGAAUUGUAUUAAUGAUGGGUGAAUUUGAUUCAAAUAUUUUGAAUAUUAUUGAAUGUCAAGGUCUUGCAAAUCAAUUACAAUAUUAUUAUCUAACUGAAGAUCCAUCAGCAAAACUUUCAUUACAUUUAUUCAAUAAAGAACCGAAAAGUUUUGAUCAUAUGCGUCUGAUACGACAUCUUGAAGAUGGAUUUAUUUCCCGUCAACAACAAAUCAAUUUAAAUCAACCGGAUUAAAAAAAAGAAAAUUAUUUCAUUUUAUUAUUUUAUUCAUUAUUGAAAAGAUAUUCUACAAAUAAUCAUAGGCACAAAUUGUAUUUAUAUUGAACAUAUAUAUCGAUUAUCCAAUG